UCUCUGGAGCCUGCACCUGCAAACCAGAACGAAGCGGAAGAAAAUGCGAUCAAUGUCAACGCACCUACUAUGGAGAUCCGCGCAAUGGAGGUGGAUGUAAACGUGACUUGCGACUGCGACCGCGCCGGAUCUACCAGUGACGUCUGUGAUCCUGCCACCGGCCAGUGUCAGUGCCAUCCGGGCAUUGCAGGACGUCGCUGUGACCGGUGUGACAGAGGUACUACCGGGAUCCUGCCAAACUGUCGACCCUGUGGUGAAUGCUGGACCAACUGGGACAAUGCAAUAGAUCAAGUUAUCGUUGAGAUGCGCCGGUUUGAAAACCAAACAAGUAAUCAGCUCCCGCCCGAUCUAAAACCCGUGUUCACUGCAAUCUCGAAUUUGAUUGAGCAAAUUGAGCUACUGCCGGGUUCAAAUCUGACGAAUGAAAAACUCAACGAACUCGACGGAGUUCUGGCUCUGCUUGAUCUCACGGAAAGUGAGGAGAAGCUGGAAUCGUUGUCGGUUUUACUUGAUAAGCUGAAGAACAGAAGUUCUGCGAUUGCUAUCCUCGAUCCUCACGGCGCCUAUGCAGCUGUUUUGGCGGCUCGUGAGGAAAUAUGUGGAGACAAUGGACAGUUACCUGACGGCAGUGCGGACCGCCUCACCUGCCCCUCGGCCUGCGGUGGAACGAGCUGCGAUCCGGUCAUCGCAGAGGUCCUCGGCAUCACCACUGAGACUGACCCCUCCACCUCCCCCGUCCCAUCACCUCUGCAGUCCUUCGGCGUGAUCUCGCGGUGUGCUUCUGCCCGUGGUUGUGACCAGAGUACGGAAGCUCGCAUAAAGGACUUGUUGACAGAAAAUCUGGCCCUACAGAACCAGUUGGGCACGGUUCUGCAAAGCGCCACUCGUGUCUCCUCGUUGGUUUCUGGGCAACAGGUGUGGGCAUUUAUGUUCAAGCUAUCCGGCGCCAGUUUGGUUAUGCUUACAAUCCAUGUGGUCGCAGUUUACUACCAGAGGAUGAUCAACGAUGGUCUGGCCGGCAAUCACGGAUGUGUCCACUCAAAUCAUGACGAACUCCCGUUUUUAAUAGCCCAUUAG